UGAUAAAAAAUAUGAUAAUUAAAACGAAAUAAAAAAGUAUAAUUGAUACAUGAAAACUUCAUGGAAUUGAGGAUCUAGACAUUUCAUUUCUACAACAGAUAAAAUGGAGACUGAUAUACCUGGAAAUUUAUCUGACAACAACUUACCUGGAAAUUUACUUCACAAUGACUUACCUGGAAAUAUUACUCACAAUGAAGAUGAGACGAAAAAUCAAAAUGACAGUUCAUUAAAUCAAGGUCUUUCGGAUCAUUCUAUAUUGUUAAGAAGCCAACCAAAAAUAUUUGAUCAACAGGAAAUGAUGGUUGAUUCUUUAAUCAGCAAUAGCAAUCAAGUAGACAAUAAAGAAGACAAAGAUCAUGGGGAAAGUCAUAACACGGACAUCUUUGUAGAAAGUCAAGGUCAAAAUGAAGAAAGUGAGAGUAGCGGAAUACAGCCAAGGAAGGAAUUCGGAAAAGAUGGAGAUGUAAAUUUAGAUAAUGAACAAGGGUGUACAGAAGACAUCGUUGAUAAUGAAAGGACUAUGAUCACAUUAACAGAAAGAGGAGAAAAACAGUCAUUUAGUCAAAAGGACACAGUAAUUGCAUGUACAUCAGAGGAAGGUUCCAAUAAUGAUAUUCCUGUAGUGUUUGCAGACUCUGAUAAGCAAAACUUAACAUUUACUUUAAAUUCAAACACAGAAGGAUUGGAACCGCCAAUGAAAAGAUUUAGAGCUGAAAAAGAUUCAGAAUCAGUGACACCAAAUGAUGUGUUAGAAUCUGUGUCUGAUAGAGAAACCAGUGGAACAGAAACUUUGGUUGAUAAUUCUGUUCAGUCUGAACCUGUGUGUAUGCAGAAAGAAGAUCAGGCCUUUGACUCUGCUGAUGGAAAAGAUAUGAAAAGUGAUGGCCAACAGGACAUGCCCAGCACAAGUCAGACAGAGGAGGAUGACAUGCCCUACUUCAGUCAGGAGGGUAUGGUACUUACAGAAAAACCAGAGUUUAUUACUGAUGCCAUGACAGAGUUCAACACAACAGAUGAUAAUUUCCUCAAGGGCUGCAAAUGGGCCCCUGAUGGGACAUGUCUUCUCACCAACAGCAAUGAUAACUGUCUAAGACUGUUCAACCUUCCUCAACCUCUGUAUGAGGGACAAAAUGAGGGGAUCCCUGAAAUGACCUCAGCCUUGAAAUUUUCAGAAACUGACACCAUCUAUGACUACUGCUGGUAUCCUAAAAUGGUGUUUGAUGACCCUAAUACUCAAUGCCUUGUUGCUACAUCGAAAGACGGCCCAGUACAUCUAUGGGAUGCAAACACUGGACAAAUACGAUGUACAUAUCGUCCUUACAACCAUCUAGAUGAGAUCACAUCUGCCUACAGCUUAGCCUUCAGCCUUGAUGGGACCAAACUUUAUUGUGGAUUUAACAAAAUGAUCCGGAUAUUUGAUCUGGCAAGACCUGGGCGUGACUGUGUUUCCCGGCCAACAUACUACAGCACCCAGCACUCAAAAACUAAAUCAGGUCAGCCUGGUAUAAUAUCAUGUAUCGUCCCCAGUCCUCAGGAUAAUGGAAUGUACGCUGCAGGAUCUUACUCCAGGGCUAUUGCUGUGUACUGUGAACCUAAAGGGGAAAUGGCAUGUAUGUUUGAUGGACAGCAAGGGGGAGUAACUCACCUGGCCUUUUCCCCAGAUGGAACCAAGCUCUAUAGUGGAGGUCGUAAAGAUCCUGAAAUUAUUUGCUGGGAUUUACGAUAUCCAGGGCGAAUUCUAUUUGUAGCUUUGCGACAAGUGCUGACAAAUCAGAGGAUUUAUUUCGACUUGGACAGGAGUGGGCAAUAUCUGUUCUCUGGCAGUCAUGAUGGUACAGUGAAUAUAUGGGACACUACCAUUGCUCCUGAGGAGUUGUUUCCUGGGCAGGACCCUGUCUUAAAAGUUAUCAAUACAUUCCAGGCACACAAAGACACUGUCAAUGGCAUCAGUUUGCACCCAUACUUGCCAAUUUUAGCCUCCUCUUCAGGCCAGAGACAUUUCUCCUGCGUAGAUGAUAGUGACAGUUCUGAUGACGAAUCCAGUGACAUCAUCGAGAAUAAUCUCAAACUUUGGGCAUUUCCAAAAUCAAAGAUUUGAUAUUUUUUCGUUUUAAAUGUACCGCAAAAACAUUAUUGGCUCAAGCUAUUUUUAGCCCAAGUGUUUUGUGCCAAUUUUCUGAAAUACUUAUGUGUACAUAUGUCUUCUGGUUUUCUGGAUUUUUUUUUUAAAAAUUCAGAACAAAUAGUGCAAUAACACAAUUAAAGGUGUUCAUUGGUGUCUACAGUGGUGGUGGAGGAGAUCAAAAUAUCAUGUCAUAUCUUAGACAUUUAACUGUGUAGAAAUGGCAUUUACUUAUUUUAUAAAUGCAAUAUCUAUGAAGUUCUAUAAGGUAUAUUCACAUUUUCUGCACAUUUUGCUGUUUGUAUAUAUUCAUUCACUUUAAACUUAAUUAAGUUGUUAAUUAGCUACUGUAUCUAGCAAUUUGGAAACACAUACGGCAGAUUAAGCUCGCUCACUCAAUUUGCAUAGCUGCCAUUUUGGAUUUUGAACAAAAUUUAUAGGUAUAGCAGGAGAACAAAGAAUGGGCGCAUUAUUGAAAUUAAUGGGGCCAGGCACAUUUUAACCAGUUUUCUGUAUGCAUUGAUGGAAAGAGAUGAUCAAUAUGUUAUUGUUUCGAGGUUCCUAUACAGUCUUUGUCAUCAUGUUACAAAUUGGCAUGAUAUCACAGUUUUAUGUAAUAUACUGAACUGAUUUUAAGGUUCCGGAGACCUUUGAAAUGAUUGAUAAUGUAUUUGUGCUCAAAAGUUAAAGGGGCCAGCAACCUGCCAGUAACUAGGCUUAUAACUUGCAGGAAUGGUAUGAUGAAAAUCAAAAUUGUAAUGAGUGAGGUAUUCUGAACCUGAUGUCAACCUUUUUUCCCAAUAAUAAUUAAAUUGCUACAGUAUGAGAGGCCAUCAGGGGGGCUAUCUCAGUGAGUGCUUGUGAAGGUAUAGAAAGUCUACCACAGUUCAGAUGUAAAUGUGACUGAAAAAUUUUUAUUUUGAAUACUACUAAACAAGUGCAAUUGUUGAUAAAAUAGUAUAAAUUUAAACUUACAUGCUCAUUCAUUAAACUGCAUUUACAAAUAAAAAAGAAUAAAGGUUUUUUUUGCCUCUGUGUCUAAUAUUGAAUACAGAGUAAGUAAAUAAAGAAAAGAAUUAUUUGUACCCCCCUCAUCCUGCCUGUUUUCAUGCUUGCCACCUCUCAAGUUUUGAUGACAUCACAAAUAUUUUAUCUUAUGAAUAUUCAUGAGUUGAGUGAGCCUAUUUCUCCACACGAAUCAUUUUGACGGUAACCGUGAAACGUUAAUCGACUCCAUAACUACAA